AUCCGUAGUUCGACCAAAAGCCAAGUGUACACGCUGAAGUUUGGUUCGCAGAAAAUCUCUGUUUACUGUCACAUGGGCAACUUUGGAUGCGGAGAUGGAGGGUGGACGCUGGCGAUGAAGAUUAAUGGCGCAAAGGUAAAACAAUUCUCCUGGUGUACGGAAGUUAUGUAUUUACAGAGUCUGGAAGGGUAUAAUCAGGAUCGGGGAUUUGGCCAAAAUACAGGGCGGGAUUCGGGAAACGUUAACGGCAUAUGGGAUUUGACUGCUACCCGAGAAGCUGGACUGUUUGCCUUUUUUGGGCACGUAUGUAGGAUUGGGGAAGAAAACGAUUUUCGGGAUAGCCAACACAGAAACGCGGGAUGCGGGAUUCUCGUGAAAAAGAAGCGGAAAUGUGGGAUAAGGACCGCUCUUUCCUGACCCUGGAUAUACUGUUCAGCUGACAUGCUUUAGUUUCUAUUUCAGAAAACGUUCCAUUACAGCUCUGGGUUUUGGAGUAACAAGAAUUCCUAUAACCUUCCAGGAGGUAAGACCGGGUUUGACGAUCAAGAGACUAAACUGCCAACCUACUGGAGCACACCAUUCUCCAAGAUCUGCCUGGGUAUGAAGAUCGGCCAGCAGAUCAAGUUCAUUGUUAUCAACAAGAAGGCCGCUUCUCUGCAUUCAUUGAUCGCAGACGGGAAGUAUCGCGCCACGUCACUUGGUCGUAACACGUGGAAGAAGCUGAUUGGCUCUAAGGCUUCCCUGCAGGCCAAUUGCAACAAGGAGGGGUUCAAUGCGGCCACUAAAUACAGCUCCUUUGCUAAGGCAAGAAUCGGUAUCCUUGGAAAUAACGAACAAGUCUGUGGUAACUGUGAUUCCAGAAUAGGGUUUGGAACGGCAGGAUACCCUGACGACUCCAACACAUGUGGGAACAAUGCUGCUAAAGGACUUGCAUCGGACAAUGGAGGGAGAAACAUAAAAGCCAUGGGAUAUAUCUUGGUACAGUAA